CCCUCCACUCUCAAUCUCAGUCGUCUCUUGCUCUCAUGUUUUCGUCUCACCAAUCCACGACUACCAUUGUUCUUAAGCUCACUUUGUGAGUUUCUCUCUCCAUCUCUCCCUCCCUCCCCUCUCUCUCUUAACUCUAGUUUUAGCCAACAUUUUCAUCGUUUCUUCCGUUGUCAAUGACGAAAUCGAUAUAGUCGUUGUCUCCACUCUCAUGAAGGUGUUUAUACGCAACAUCUCACUUGAAACCGAAGAGUUUCUUUGAAAUUCAUCAAUACUUGAAGAUCUUCACAAUGGACGAAGUUAAACAUUAUCAAACUACUAUAACUAAGUCUAUUCUUCUUCUUCUCCAAUUCUCUUCUUACAUUUGAGCUCAAUGGAUGAAUUCGUUGCCUCAUUUGACUGAGAGAGAAGGUUUGUUAUUUGAUUGACAUCUUCGCGCUAUAAGCAAGAAGAGAAAAGUUGAACGUCAAGCAACAUCGAGAAAAGUUGUAGAGGAAACAAUUGACAAAUAGAACGGAAGUGCGGGUGAUGCCAUACAAACAUAUUCGUGUCCCUACGUCUCUCGGUCUCCUCUGCUACCUUCUUUCGCUACUACCGACGGUUCAGAUGCCUUCUCCAAAUUCAAAUCCCGCAUAUGGUCCUCCAUUUCCAACCCUUUGAUUCGAAUAAUGAUCUUGAAAAGCUAAGAGCACACAAGGCCUUGCUGUUCCUUCUUUGAGGAUGGUGGAUACAAGUGUGUGUAACAGAAUCCGCUGAAAUCAUGCGCCCCCACCAUUCCAUUUCAUCACCAGCCAUGGCCAUUGUUCACAAGCACACUGAAAUUACUGAUCUUUCUUCUUCUGAGAUGAACCAGUGGAGGCCAGGGAAGAAGGAGAAGCUGUUUAGGAGAAAAACUUGGGUCUCCAGUACACAACCGAGUACUAGUUAUGAUCAAGAUGCCGUUCACAGUUUUUCUCAGCCUCGAAGUGUAAAACUAAAGAGAACAACUGUUGAUAGUUUAUACCAUGAUCUUGAAGCUCAAUCUGUUGUUAUGGCACGAGCAAAGGAGGUUCAAGCAAAAUUAUCUCCUAGUCAUCCCAGUCUUAUUAAGGUUAUGCUCCCAUCACAUGUCACUGGAGGAUUUUGGCUGGGUCUUCCAAAAGGAUUCUGUGACAUCCAUUUGCCGAAGCAGGAUACUGCUAUGGUCUUAGAAGAUGAAAAUGGGAAGUUAUAUGAAACAAAAUAUCUGUCCGACAAAACAGGGCUGAGUGCUGGAUGGCGAGGUUUCUCAAUAGCUCACAAACUACUACAAGGAGAUGUUAUAGUUUUCCAUUUAGUCUUGCCUAACAAAUUUAUGGUUUACAUUGUGAGAUCCAAUUCUGCAGCCAAGGUUGAUGGUGCUCUAGGCCUUAAAUAUGAGGCCUCCAACAAACAAACACCUAUAUAUAGCAAAGAAAAUAUUCCUUGUGUUAAGGAGGAACAAAUUACCCUCGAGGAUGUAAAUGCCGAAGAGACUAACAUUGUUCCUGUGAAGGAGGAAACAGAAGAAGACCACAAUCCUGUCUCCCUUCCAAUGGAUAUCCAUGAUGAACGUGAGCAAACAAAUAGCCACGUGCUUUUAGAUACUGAGAUGAUGCCUGUGCUAGAAGAGUCUGAAAAUGAGAGAAGGAGUUGUGGUUCUAACUCGAAGAAUGGAAUUCGUUUAUCAGACUCUAGACUGGCUUUCGACAAAGUGAACAGUUUGGAUGAUUUUAUCAUUUCUGUAAAUGGAUUGAUUAUUGACUCUGAGUUCUCCAAUCACAUUAGAGCUAAAUACUAUGAGCUAUGCUGCAGCCAGAAGUCAUUUCUUCAUGACCAUAUUCUUGAAGGUCUUAAUUACAAACUUGUUUCAGGAAUCAUAUCAGAGACCGUCAAUAUUGCUGAUGCCAUUAGAGCAAGCAAGGUUACCACUUCACAAGAGCAUCUUGUGACUUGGGACAAAACUCUAACAGCCUUUGAAGGCUUAGGAAUGAACGUAGGCUUUCUGCGAGUUCGAAUCAACCAACUACUGACUCUCUCCCUAAAACCAGAGAAGAAAAAGGAAGCAGAGAUGAUGCGGGACUCUAAACAAGAGGAAUUACACAUCCUCUUGACAAAAAUCAUGGAAGGAAGAACAAUGGUAAGGCAACUAGAAGCCAAAAUUAGCUCUUUAGACACCGAUAUUAAACACAUGGAUAAAUUGUUCAAGGAAGUUGCCAGUGCCCCUUGGUGCUUGGAGGGGUGAUGUACAAAAUAUAGAAAAAAAUCCUACGUUUUUAGAGUUGGUUUGCUUUUGUUGGAAAUUACAGUGUCUCACUUUGUUAAAAGAGAGCUUUGAGAACAUUCUGCCAUUUCUUUUUGCAAGUUUCACUGAUAGUUGUUGUAGUAACAACAAUAGUAGUUUAGUUUUGGCAAUGGAAGGAGCAGAGUGAAAGAUGUAAAAUUUUGGGAAUGUAAUUGUAAAAGGUGAAUUAUAUUCUAUAUUCAAACAUAUAUACUUUGUCUUUAGUA